AUGGGUUAUUCAGUUGGUGGUAAAGCUUUAAGUAGAUUAACAAGCGUCCAAAUUCAAAUUGAAAUUAAAAAAAGAGAUCCAAAUAUAGAUUCCUUUGGUAAAAAAAAAAUUGAACUUCGUGAUAUAUUAAAGAAGCUUAUUGACAACGAAAAGAGUGGAAACGGUAGUGCAUCAAAGAAAAGAAAAGUUUUAUCAGAUUCAAGUUCAGAUGAAAGCGAUGAUGAAAAAAAACAAGAUAAAGAAAUUCAACAAAUUUUAACAAAACUUAGAAAUAAAAGAAUAAAGCAUAAACAAGAUCUCAAUUUAAAGAGUCAACAACAAAUUAAAGAAUAUGAAGAUAAAAUAGUAGUUUUAAAUAAUAAAAUUAAAGAAUUAGAAAAUUUUAAAUUUAAUCAAAUUAAAAAUAAUCCAGCUUCAAGACCAAUUUAUAACACUGGUGUAAGAGAAAUAGAAACAGCAUUAGAAUUAUUUAAAAAAGUUAAUGAAAAAUUUAAUUCAGAACCAAUUUUAUUAGUUUCAGCAGCAAUCAACAUUAACAUUAAAAUAGAAUUUAUUAAAUUUAUGGUAUUAAAAGUUAUGGAUAAGGAUUAUGGAUCUUCGAAUAUAUUAUCUUCAAGACUAUUUCCACCACCAUUAGUUCAUUCAUUUUGGAAGGAAAUGGUAUUAAACACUAUUGGGUAUAAAAAUUUUUGCAAGUUAUUGGGUUUCAAGAUUCAUUAUUCAAUUAAAGAUAAGAAAGAUUUAAAAGUUGAAGAAAAUCACAAAUUUAUAAGGUCAAAAUAUGAAAGAACUCUUGAGCUUUAUAAAAAAUUUUUCCCAGAAUCUUCAGUAAUACAGUUUGAUAAAAAAUCUAAUAAUAAAAAUUCAAUUUGGCCAUUAUGUUAUUUAUUACCAACAUCAAAGAAUGAUAACAAACCUUCUACAAAAAAUACUGCCAUUGUCCCAAAAAAAUCUAUUUCAUUAUUAAACACAUCAGAUUCAUCAUCAGACUCAUCAUCAGAUUCAUCAUCAGAUUCAUCAUCAGAUUCAUCAUCAUCGGACUCAUCAGAUUCAUCAUCAGAUUCAUCAUCGGACUCAUCAUCGGACUCAUCAUCAGACUCAUCAGAUUCGGACUCAUCAGAUUCAAAUUCAUCACCUUAA